GCUGGGCUCAGGAGGCGGUACCCUGACAGACCCAACCGGACCGCGGGAAGGAGCGAGAAAGGCAAGCCGGGCGUGCACGCCUCUUCCGCCCCGAGCCCGGAAGAGUGAUGUGGCUGGGGCUUCGCCGGCCUCACUAUGUCUGCCAUUUUCAACUUUCAGAGUCUGUUGACUGUAAUCUUGCUGCUUAUAUGUACCUGUGCUUAUAUCCGAUCCUUGGCACCCAGCCUCCUGGACAGAAAUAAAACUGGAUUGUUGGGUAUAUUUUGGAAGUGUGCUAGAAUUGGUGAACGCAAGAGUCCUUAUGUUGCAGUAUGCUGUGUUGUGAUGGCCUUCAGCAUCCUCUUCAUACAGUAGCUUGGAAAAAUGUCAGAAUUCAGUUGCCAGCAGAUUUAAAUAUGAAAGAAAGGACUUAUCUGCAGAAAAUAAUGGAAAGGAUGGUUAACCCUUUUAUCUCUGAACAUUGAAUGAGAUAAAUUUCCAGCUACUGUUCUCUAUUUUUGUUAUUGGACCAAUGUUCUAUAUCAAUUAGGAUGUAAGCAUUUAAUACUCAGUGUUUAAAUAUGUAUGUAACGAUCAACCUCAGUACUGUCACUACAAUAUUACAUUCUUCAUAUGUCAUUCUCUUGUGUCAGAUACCAGUUUUUAGUGAGGUAUCCUUAAGGCACAUAGUAGAAAACAAAAUUAGUUAAUUACUCAAGUUCCUUUCACUGUGAUUUGGAAAUGAUAAAUCUUCAGAGAAUGAGACCUUUUUUUGGACUAGCUUUUUUUCUGGGGAGAAAAAAAGGUUCAAUUUGUGUUUGUAAGGAUUGCAUUCAUAUUUAAUAAUGCUUGCUUUUCCUCUGGCCACACCAUUUUGAGCAUUAACCAGAGUACCUCUACUCUUAGCAAACUGUAGUUUAUUACAAGUCUUUAAACUAUUUUUUAAAAGCCUAUGCAGUUCCUUAGGAGGAAAAUAAAUGAGGUGUGACUUAAAAGUAGUAUUGAGAAAAUGUUCCUAUUUAACAUAAAAGAAUUUGGAAUACCUGACUGUGUUGUAGCCUCUGAUACCACUCUUGUUAAGUAUGGAUAAAUGUCUUAAGCAUAAAUAUGAGAAGCUAACUCAUCCUCUAAAUAAGACUAAGACCACAUACUUAGAGUUCAAAAGAGCUAAACAGAACAAUUAUACAAUGAUAAUCCUCUGUGUGUUUUUCAUUCUUUCUUAAAAGGUGUCAAACCUCCACAUUUUAAUUACCCCAGUAUGCAAAGUGUGUUUUUGUUAUUUAAUACAGCACUUUAAAUCCAGUUUAUGUUUUGUCUGUCAGCUUGACGUGGAAUCUUGUGUAACUUAUUAAGCAGUGAUAAAGAGUUUUCAAAUCUACUUAUCCAUAUACUAUGGCAUAAAUGUCUUUGAGCUUUGAUGAUAAAACCUUCAGUAAUUUUCAUCGAGGCAAGAGAAACACUGGAAAUGUGACAAAUUUUUCAGUAGAGCAGUUAUUAUACAUUUAUGGUUAACAUUUCUUAAGUUUCAACCAAAAUUCAGUUAAAAUUUCAAAGCUAAGAAAACUUAGCUAAAAAUUGCCCACUAUAGCUAGUAUUAAUUAGAUGUUGUUCUCAGCUAUUAAUUCCCCAUAAAGGUAAAAAGAAUAACUGCCCCCACCCUUUUUUAAGAAAAAAAAAUUGUUUAGAACUAUUUAAAAAUGAGCCUACUGGUAGUUCUGUCUGUAAAAACAAAGUACUUAAAAAGAAUUCUAAGAAAUGCCUAAGAGGGAGUUCCCGUCUUGGCGCAGUGGUUAACGAAUCCGACUAGGAACCAUGGGGUUGUGGGUUCGAUCCCUGCCCUUGCUCAAUGGGUUAACGAUCCGGCGUUGCUGUGAGCUGUGGUGUAGGUUGCAGACGCGGCUCCCAUCCUGCGUUGCUGUGGCUCUGGUGUAGGCUGGCAGCUCCGAUUGGACCCCUAGCCUGGGAACCUCCAUAUGCCGCGGGUGCAGCCCAAGAAAUGGCAAAAAGACAAAAAAAAAAAAAAAGAAAUGUCUAAGAAAAGCUUGUUAUGCAUUGCCUGCUUUUUUUUGCAGAAGAUGAAAGCUGCUGUAGGCUGUCAAUAUAUUUGUUUAUUGUACAUUUCUGGCUUAUCUAUAGCUGGCUUAAAGUGGUAUAUUCUGCUUUAGAUAGGUAAUCUGGUUAUGCUAAUUGUUCUCCUACUCUGCACUUAUCUCUUGGGCUUUGUAUUAGGUCAAGGAUUUUCAGGGUAUCCCAAAAAUAGGACUCUUAUCAGCAUAUACAUACAAAGUAAGUCACCUUUCUGGGUCUACUUUCUAAGUGGCCAUCUGUUGUCCAAUUCUGCUGCCAACUAAACUUUCUGAAAGCUAUGUCAACUGAUUUUUUUAUAUACUAACAAAUCUAAUAUGAAAGAGGGAAGAAUAUUCUAGAUAAUCAGUUCUAGGACAUUUCUUUUAAGUUGGCAUUUCAGAGGAGGUAGGUGGAAAGUAAAGAAUUUCUUUGAAAAAUUGUGGUAACACAUAAAAAUUUUUUUUACUGUGUGUAGAUGAUAAACAGAGUGGGAGGCAGUUUAUUUUGACCCCAGGCAUUCUGACCUUUUGAAACACAAGCUCUUUGGGAGGUGGAGAAAGACACAGGAUUCUGUGAAGAAAAGCAAUUAACAUUUUCUGUAAUAUAUUUUUUUUCCAAAGACAUACCACUGAAUCCUGUUCUCUAACCCAAAGGGCAGCGUAGGUAGUUUUAAGCCCACAGAAUAUUCAGAUAUUCCUUUUGUGGUCUUGGCAUGGUGGGAGUGUGCAAAAAAGGAUUAAGGAUCAAUUUAAACAUUAGAUGGACUGCCUCCAUCACGUAGUCUUGUAGCAGGGCCAGAUGGCAAGGUGGACACUAAAGUCCACAACUUGCCAGAUUCAAAUACUCUCCCUAAUCUCCUUCCUGGCUCCAGAAUCUUUUGGUUCCAUCUUCCCUGCAUGUGUUUUGUGCUGAUGUUUAGUUCCUGAUUGCCCUUGCCUAUGCCGAUGGCAGGAUCCUGUCUUCUUGCUAAGCGGUCUUAAAAGAUAGUCAAUCAAAAGGACACACAGUCUGUUGAAUUCCCUCUGUGGCUUAAAAAGUUAAGAUUCAAGCCCAUUAUUUUGUUAAUACCUAUGCUGCUGUGCCAGGCACUAUUAUCCCAGAUGUUCUUAAAAGGUCAAAUUCAAAAUAGCCUUUUUAUAUGCUGGGAAAAAUAGUCAUAUGUAAUGUGGAAUCGACUCCAUCGUGUUAGUAAAAUGUGGAUCAGUCUAGUUCUAACUGGGAACAAAAUAAGAGAUUUUAGAACGUCAAAAGUGCACAGAUCUCUGCAUAGUUUUGUGAAAAAGACCUAGCACUUAUGAAUUGAAUAUUUAUUAUUUUAUCUAUUUUCUUUUUUUGGUCACACCCAUGGCAUGUGGAUCAAACCUGCACCACAGCAGUGACUUGAGCUGCUGCAAUGACAACACUGGAUCCUUAACCCGCUGCACCACAAGAGAACUCCUAUUUCAGUGUUUUUAGGAGGCAUUUAUAGAGUGGAUUCAGUAUAUUACUACUGAAGAUAGAAAGAUAAGUAUACACUUUUUCCCUUUAGUGCUUCUUAAUAGUGAUGAGACAAAGGAAGUUAUUUAUAUGAAGUGCAAUGUAACAGCAUUUAUUAUUGAGCUAACGACAGGAUUCUAGAGGAAAAUAAAAAGAUGACAAUCAGGGAUAUGAACCUCCUUCCAGAGAAGCAGUGCUUAAGCGGAAUUUAAAAGCAACUUACAAAGGCACCAGAGAUAUAUUGUGAAUCAUCAGGAGCUUGUGCUGCUUGGGGAGAACAGUUGAGCCUUGAAGAGCACAAGUUUGACCAGUGCAAAUCCACUUAUAUGUUGGUCUUUUUCAGUGGUGAAUGCUACAGUACUGCAUGAUCCCAAGUUGGUUGAAUCUGUGGAUAUGAACCAUGGUUAUGGAUGGCUGACUAUAGGAUAUAUAGGAUUUUGGAAUGCACAGACGGUUAGCACCUCUAUCUCCUACAUUGCUCAAAGGUCAACUGCCUUAAGAUCUAAGCCUAGAAAAGUGGAGGUUAUAUCCUGGAGGGUCUUUAUUUUUCUCAUUACUAUCUAUUAUCUACCUCAGAAUUGAAGGUGAGUAUGUUUCCUCCUGCCUGACCAAAAAAAAAAAAAAAAAAACUUCAAAAAAAUAAAAUCCUCCCUUGGUGUUUGUGUAAACAAGGUGGAAUAUAUACAUGCCACCCUUACUUUGGACAAGAAUACAGGAAUAGCCUCUCCAGAGACGCCUGCCUAGCAGAAUAAAGCCAAGGUAACUUACCAGUCCAGUCAAAUAUUUUUAGCAACUCUUAGCUUAUACUCUGUAAAUGCCAAAAGCCGUCAGGAUUGUUAAAGCACACAUGUGCAAAAAAACGAAGGUGGUUGUAAUUUCUACAUUUCCUGAGUGCACAGAAAAGUUUUCCAAUAAAUAAGGAUGUAUACUCCUUCAAAACCUUUGAGAAGUUACUGGAUCAUAGGAAGCUGAAAACAAGGAUGGAAGAUUCUUAGAGACCCCUCUUUACUUUCUUUGUUAUCCAAUAACAGCAAAUGUUCAAAAUAUAAAUAGCUGAGUAACAGCUGUAUGGUGAAUACUGCACAGCCUUGUUAUUCUUCAUUAGCAAGUUACUACCAGCUUCCAAAAAUAGCUUCAUAAUUAUGUCAUUUAUAUACCACCUUCCAUGGAUUCUUUCACUUUGCUCUAAACCAGCUCCACAAUGGUAAUCUGAAAUGCCACUCAUCAGAAAAAAGAGGAGAGGUAGAAAUAUAUUUAUUUCCUAUGGUUUUGAGAGUACAGAGAGUCGUCAUACUCUCUGGCUAGUGCUCAUGUCUUCAGUGCAUAAUAAAGAUCAAAAUGAACUCAAGAGCUUCCUAGUUUUGUCUUACUGUCAGAUGAGUGAAAGUUUUUUUAGGGGUUAAAAAAUUGCAAUUGCCACCUUUUGAGUAAGAUGGGAAAUGUUUCUGUUGGUUUUACCUGCAUUUUAUUUCGUGGCUGGUCAUGGUUUGGGAAGGUGUUUGGUUUGGUUUGGUUUUAUGGCUGCAUCCACAGCAUAUGGAAGUUCCCAGGCCAGGGAUUGAAUCCGAGCCACAGCUGUGACCUACAUUACAGCUGUGGCAGUGCCAGAUUCCCCGAACCCACUGCACCGGGCCAGGGAUCAAACCUGAAACUCUGCAGCAACCUGGGCCACUGCAGUCAGAUUCUUAACCCACUGUACCAUAGCAGGAACUCCUGGGGGUUUUAUUUAUAUCUUAAAGCUAUUCAACCUAUUACAUUGUUAUUUCUUUGAGCCUUCAAGAGUCCAAAUGUCUUGCUUUGGAUGUGAAGUCAUGAAUUCCCCCAGAGAUGGUAGAAAUCCAAUUCCAACUGAUAAUGACAAUAAAUUGUUGACAGUGACUUUCAACCUGUCCUCAACUGAAAGCCCUCAGAUGCCCAAACUUUCCAACAAGUAGUAAUCACAAGAUCUGUGAGCAGUGUCCAUCAACGUCAGAUUAUUCAGCCAAUUUACACCAUUUACUGAGACCUAAGAAAAAAACAUACAUGUACUCUGUGCCUUGCUUUGGGUAGCAUGGUCUUCCCAAGACCCAGCUAACACAGACAAACCUUUGUUGGACCUAUUACUGGACAGAAAUUACUUAACCAAAUGAAUUUCAACAACUAUAUUUUUAAUUGCAUUUUGAACUCAAAAAGGACUUUAGAUGCAAAUAGAGAAACGGUAUCUUAGUUGUAUCCUUCAAUGUAUAUUAUAAACUUCCCACACUGCUCCGUUAUGUGGAAUGAUGUGGAACUAUAGAGAAAAAUCACUCAAUUUUCUGAUUUCUAACUCAGGUCAAGAAUUCAAAAUGACUUUGCUUGAGAUUAUUGACUUUAAUAUAGUAGGAAGGAAAAAAUGUUUUUUGAAUUCAGAUGGUUUUCAUUAAUAUCCUCAACCAUAACAGAUUUGCUGGGGGGAAGAAAAAGAAAUAUAAAUAUUGGAAAUAAGGGUAAGUCACUUCACACACUUUGUGGAAGAUGAGAACACUCAGGAACUGCAAAUACCCAGACACCACUACUGUCUGAACUUUAUUUGGCAAAGGAAGUAACCCAGGAGCAAAUGUGUAGUGAGGGAGGGUUUGUACCCAAAUUUCCAAAAUGUCUAAUUUACAAACCACUUCACCUUUUUUGAUCAAAUACUAUGUGCAGGCUAAAUGCUGGAAAAAAAUAAUGUGCAAAGAUAGUAAACUACUUGAAAUAAGGACACAUUUAAGGCAUUAAAGAUUUCAAGUAAGCCAGCAUGAAAGAAGGAAUAUUUGCAGUAGUGAAGCUUUAAAGAAAAGUGAUCUGCAGGCUCAGAAUAACACCCAGAGAUUUGACCUUGGGACUGAAAGCUUGGAACAUAGUAAGAACACUCAAUAACAUUUCAUUAGAGCCUUUUAUCUAAAUGUUAGAUAAAAGAUUAGAUUUUCCUUUAGAUUUUAUUUAAUAAAAAUACUGUUUAUUCCUUGCUUGUUUUUUAGCUAAUGUUAUUCACAAAUGGAGGAACCUCCGUUAAACCUUGGAAAAUGAUGAGAGUACAAUGACUUAUAAAAUAUGUUUUUAAGAAGUUUACAGUAUGAAAUUAAAAGAUCUGUAGAACACAAAAUAUAGGGUAAUAAACUUGGAUGAGUUUUCAGAAAGUUUAGUUUUAUGAGUGUAUAAUCUAAACCUUAUUCACAUCUCUAUUAAUGGGUAACUGUUCUGAGCUCUUAGGUAAAUCAAAGCCAAAAUAACAUAGUAACAUAGGUCUAAACCCAUAAUGCAAAACUGUUCAUACUACUAGCAACUCCAAAACUAGCUGAGGUUUAUUUUUAAGUAUUACCAUCACAAACAUCCUUUUGAAUGAGGUAUAAUUGAAUCUUUUAGCAGAAAUUGGACACAGAAAACUAUUGAGAUGGUUCCUGAAUCCCUAGUAAAUUAAUUUGACUUUCCAUGAAGAAAGAAAUGUAGAAUUCAGAGUAAUCUUUAUGCUCCCAAAGAAUAAAAGGUUAAUUUGCCUGACACAGCUGCCCCACAAGGUAGUUUCCUCCAUUUCUCCUUUUCCAUUUCUAGAAGAACCCUUUGAGAACUGGCUGCAUACCAGGCACAGUGCCAGUGUCAGGGUACAAAAUGUGGAACAAGACAAAUGCAGCUCCUGCUGUCACAGAACCUAGAUUCUAGUAAAUCAGCUAACCAAAUUAGAUAAGCAUGCACAACCUCUAGUACAGUCCUUAAAAAAAAAAAAAAAAAAAAAAAAA